GGGCGUAAAAAGUUUGCCGAAGCCUGAAAGUGAAUGACAGCUCAUCCAUCCUCCGCUUUAACGGAGCGCGUGAGGGGCAUCAGGCAGGAUUACCCACACGAAAACUUUUACGGAAUCACAAUGAAUUGGAACCGCGCGUCCCAACCCACCCAGAGACUCGCCGCUUCUUGUAUUUCAUUAUUAUUCGUUCAUUUUGCGCACGCGAAUGCGCCCAGAUGUCGGCGGCUAUACUUGAACUAGUUUAAUAUGCGGUCAAAAGCGAACUAAGGAACACAGAAGAUGGUCCUGAGGAGGCUGUUUCGCGCGCUGCCCGUCUUCGCCUUGACUCUUUUUAUCCUGGUUUUGCUGGAUUUGCAACUGCGCACCCGGAGUGACCAAAACCCCGCGCCUUUUGCGCACGAAAAGACACCGCAGUCUAUGCCGAGGACUACGGCUGCGAACCGACGCGGAGAUGUUGUCGAUGACAAGCAAAGGCCAAAACGUCAGAAAUGGAGGGAGGUGAAGCCGCAGCCACGUUUAGGACUCGCUGACAUCUUCAUUGCGGUGAAGACCACCGGCCGGUUCCACAAGACCCGCCUCGCUCUUCUCCUGGAGACCUGGAUCUCCACGACCAAACACCACACGUACAUCUUCACAGACAGUCCAGAUGAAGACAUCUCUUCUGAAGGAUUUAACAUCGUCGUCACCGACUGCCCGCCAGAACACAGUCAUCAAGCUCUAUCCUGCAAAAUGGCUGCCGAGUACGACCACUUCAUGGCUUCUGAUAAAAAGUGGUUGUGUCAUGUUGAUGAUGAUAACUACUUGAACCCUGGAGCCCUUCUGUCUCUCCUGACAGCUUUUCCAGCUUACAGUGAUAUCUAUGUGGGAAAACCAAGCCUGGAUCGCCCAAUGAGAGCCAGGAGCUGCUGGCAGCAAAUAAGACGUCAGGACGUCCAUUUCUGGUUCGCUACAGGAGGGGCUGGUUUCUGUCUGAGCAGGAAGCUGGCAGAGAAGAUGGCGCCCUGGGCAAGCGGUCCCAGGUUCGAGCAGACCUCCGCCGUGAUUAUGUUACCUGAUGACUGCACGGUGGGCUUCAUAGUCGAGAGGCGCCUGGGAAUCUCAAUGGUCCACAGCAACAUGUUCCACUCUCAUCUGGAAAACCUACUUCUGCGCCCUAGCGAUAUCCCAAAACAGGUGACUCUCAGCUACGGAUGGUUCGAGGACAAAAUGAACAGUGUUGAGCUAAAAGGAGUUUUUACCAAAGAUGAAGAUCCGUCCAGGUUCAGGACAGUCCAUUGUCUUCUGUACCCUACAUCAAGUUGGUGCCCUGUACCGCUCAAAAACGCAUUGUGAUGGAAUCAUGUUCUUACAUGAUAAAAGGACAAUAAUCAUGUAUAAUGUAAGCAUUUCAAUGCAUUGUGUCCUUACAAAACAUUUUUGUUUUGUAAAGUCCA